AUGGUGUGGUUACACUGGACAACUGAACAAAUCAUGGAGAGGAAAGGGCAUGCGAGAGUGAAGUUUGUGUGCUUCCCUAACUUCAUUCUUCUUAUAUUGUUCCCUUUUUUGCUUCUCGUUUUCACAUUGUUGGGAGACCUUUUUUUUUUGUUUUAUUGCUAUGUACAGUCUCUCACUCCUUCUCCCCUUAUAUUCAACUUUUUUUCUCGUUUUUUUUUCUUUUUGCUGUUUGAUAAGCUGUUUCAUUCUCCUCAACGGGAUAUUUUUUUGUACCCGCUUACUGUUUUUUUUUCUCUUUUCUUUUCCUUUGUUGAAGUUGCUGUUUGUUUGCCCCACAUAUGUUUUUUUUUUUUUACCCUGGUGGACUGCGAAGAGCAGAUGCGGCAAUUUAUCUUUUAUUUACCCCACUUCAGCAGCAUCACUUUUCUUUCCCUGAAGUAA